AUGGCUUUUCUUGGUCAUAUAAUUUCCAGUGAGGGUAUUGAGGUAGAUCCUAAGAAGACGGAUGCGGUUAAGAGUUUGCCUAAACCUCUAUCCCCUUUGGAUAUAGGAAAUUUCUUGGGUUUAUCCGGUUACUAUAGAAUAUUUGUUGAAGGGUUUUCUUUGAUUGCUUCUCCAUUGACAGCAUUGACUCAAAAGAAGGUUAAGUCCAUAUGGUCUGAAGCGUGUGAAAAGAUUUUUCAAGAAUUGAAAGAUAGACUUACUUCUGCUCCAGUGUUGAUUUUACUAGAAGGGACAGAUAGUUUUGUUGUUUAUUGUGAUGCCUCGAGAAUUGGAAUAGGAUGUGUCCAUAUGCAAAAUGGGAAAGUUAUUGCCUAUGCUUCAAGGGAACUUAAGAUUCAUUAG